AUGGAUCAGAACCUCCGCGAGCCCGAGGGUCAAGUCCCUGCCGACUUAGACCUGGGACGGGAGCCGGACAUGAAGACGGACGAGGACGCUCUAUUGCAGGAGGUCGGGGAAGGAGGAGCGCAAGAUCCGAAUGACGAAGAUAUGAUGCCGAUCAUAGAUCGGCCAUCCGUGUGUGCUCCCAUGAAGUCUACACUGUCGUCCCCAGAGACAGUUCAGGCCGCCAUAUUGAUCUGCGGGGCUCCUUCCGGCAUCAUAAUUCAGGUUCCCGAACCAGAAGAGCGCCCUUGGGACGCUCCUGAGGACUUUAUCUGUGUCUACGAGGCGUACUUCCGCGAAGCCGGACUGACCUUUCCAUUGCCGCACAUACUAUUCGCCUACUGCAAUCGUCGUGGUUGCGCGGUGUCGCAGUUGCAGCCCGCAACCAUAGUGAAUUUUAUGGGGAUUCUUCAGCUCGAACGCGACAUUCGUACUCAUAUCAACGUUGCCCAAUUCGAGGAACUCUUUAUUAUGAAGGUAUCUACGGCCAAGAGCUGGUUCCUAUCAGCAAACUGCAAUCCGAAGUUUGAUUUGGUCAUGGGGAAUAAGGCGAGCAAGUUCGCGGACUGGGACAAAAGUUAUUUCUUUGUCCGUGUUGACUCGCAUUCCGCUGAGAAUCCGGAGAGCACGUUCCGGACUGGCUGGAGUGUUGACUUUGAUCGCCACGUUCCAGGAUUCUUGCAAUGCUCCCUCACGACCGACCUAGCGAAGCGACUAAGCCUCGCCGGACAGCACCCUAAAACUCAAGCCGAACCCAGCUCUUCGAAGAAAGCUCCACGAAGGAAAAACCCGAAGAAAAGGAGUAAGAAAACUCGGAGGAUGGCGUUUGACAGGUCAGACAUCCCAAUGAUGAACUUUACAGGCGAUGAUGAGGAUGACAACGCUCCGAUCGACAUCGUCGGCCUCGAGGUCGGUGAUGCUACUCUCGAGCCUACGCUUGUCGAUCAGGCUGAUGCGGUAAUCCCGGUCACGGACCCCGCAGCAGAGGAGGUGGGGACUGGUGUUCCCGAGGCGACUCCUCAGCCUCAAAUGGAGGAAGGUGAGAUCGGUGAGCAGGACGAGGACGUGCUCACCAUCGCUGAUCGCGCGCGGAGGAAGAAAGGAAAAUCCUCCAAGAAGUCAUCUCGGAAGAGGGUUGGCGAUCCCAAAGCUGCUGUUAGCGAAGGGAUGAUGGUUCUUCACGGUGAGACAUCGAGGGCUCGCCCGCGGCUACUCAGGGAGCGGUCUUUCUUCGAUGACGCUUUCGCAUGCGCCGAACUCUUCAGGCAGAUUGUUCCGGCUUCCACUCCAGUGCCCGAGACGAAGGACCUCUUCCGUCCCAAGUCCUAUGCCCGGGUCGCGAGAUCCGCCUCUGCUCUCGUCUGCGAUACAAACAAACUCGUUCGGGAGUACGAUUCCGAGGUCGAGAGACUGAGGAAGAUUAAUGCAGAAGUUGCUGCAGAGAGGGCGUCGUUGGAGGAGCGAUAUGAAGCUUCCGUGCUGGCCUUCACCGAGAAGGAGAAGGAGAACGUCGCUCUGAAGGAGAAGGUCGGGGCUUUGGAGAAACGAGCUGGCGAGCUGGAGGGUGAUUUGGAUGCUUUAUCCAAAUCUUUAAAAACGAGCGAGACCGAGAGACGGAAGUUCCGGGACGCCGAGUCGAAGGGUCGGAAGAUGAUGGCGGCGCUGAGGAGCAAGUGCGAGGGGAAGCUGGCGAAGAUGAAGGACUUCAUGGACAAGUCCGAGCUGAGAAAGGCCACUGCUCUGGUCGGAUUCUGUGGCUUCCUUAGGCGGGAGCACAACCUCAUCGUCCCGUCUCAAAUUGUGGAGACGUACCAGCGGAGGGUGAGGAACUGCACGAAGGAGGUCGAUGACAUUACUCUUCCGUGGUUCGGGAAUGAAGACUUCACUCUUCCAAGCGAUGCUGAGCUCAUCCCAAGAAUCGAGCUCCCUCCGGGAACACAGGUUCCGGAAGGUCUGGAUCAGUUUGGUUCAAACUCCAAGUCCAUCUCGGCUGACCGGGCAGCGAGUUUGAAGAGUCUGGCUUCUGUUGCUCGCCAGUAG